ACAACAUCCGGGCAAUAGUCAGCUUGCGCAGAAACGGAAUGGCGGAGGUGGGUGAUAAGCAUCUAAACAUGAAUGCAGAGCUUGUGGCCUAGUGGAGAGUGGAGGAGAUACAGCAAUGAAGGCCCUCAUCUGGAGAAGCAGAAGUCUUUACGGGUCUUAGAGGAGUUGGAGGAGGAGAAGAGUCCUCGCUCGAUGAAGAUGGCGACACCAUCCCACACUGCCAGUGAGCUUCCCUUGGAGGAGCUGCUGGCUUUCUAUGGCUAUACAGUAUCAGAUCCAGAGAAGGAGACCUGUCACAUGGCUGCCAGUUUGCCAGACAUGACACUGGACAAGGAUCAGAUAACUGAGGAUCUCUUCCCUGGGGAGCAGGAAGAAUCAUUAGCCGACGACCUCACCCCCUCAGUCACCUCGAACACCUCGGAUCUGCUUCGCCGCAUCCAAGGUGGAGACAAAGACACAUUGGUCGGUUCAUCAGAUGAAGACUCUGAUGAUGUCUCUAUUCCAUCCAAUGAAGAGCAAAAGGAGAUCAUGGUUGGCUCCAUGUAUCAGGCAAAAAUCCCUCCAAUCAGCCCGUACACCUACCAGGAGAGAGCUUACAGCACCGAAGACCAGUUGUUGUGGAGGCCAGGGGUUCUGCCAGUGCAUGAAGUGGAGGAGUUCUUGCUGAAUGCACAAAGACCCCGUGGCCAGGAGGAGGCAGUAGGAACCGAAGAGGUCAUUGUCCAAGACAAUGAACAGGCACUGUACGAGUUAGUGAAAUGCAACUUUAAUGUCGAAGAAGCACUGAGGCGAUUUUGUUUCAACGUGAAAGUAUUCAGUGAAGAGCUCUGCUCCUGGAGCGAGGAGGAGUGCAGGAACUUUGAGCAUGGGUAUCGAGUUUAUGGGAAAAACUUCCACCUCAUUCAGGCAAAUAAGGUACGAACACGCUCAGUGGGCGAGUGUGUGGAGUAUUACUACAUGUGGAAGAAGUCUGAGCGUCACAAGUACUUUACUCAGCAGGCUACCAGGCUGAGCCGCAAGAAGUACAGCCUGCAAUCAGGGAGCAUGGAGGAUGGAGACCAGGAUGAGGAGGUUGUGGAACUCGAGGGAAACAACAGUUCCACAAGGUUGUUGCCUCACAGCUCCAUGGGCACAGGGCAGCUGGAGUCCCCGUUACCUCCACAGUCGAACCUGGACCAGGACAAACAAGAAGAAGAGGGCCGCCCCAGGCGCAGACGAACUCCCCGUUUUCUCUUAAAGCCAUGACCUCAGUCCACUCAGGCCACAGACAGCAGGUUGAGCAGCCUGCAGAUGGCGAGCUGGUGAUGGGCUUGUCAGAGCUGUGCGGCGACGAAUGUCCUCAGCAGCUGUUCGGAUGUCCUUUCUCUCUCCCGCCCAUAGACGGCCUGCAGGAAUCUGGCUCAGAUAGUUGUUGUCCUUCAGCUCCAGUCCAGCUCCAGUCUCAGCUCUUUGCUGAGACCUCCCAGUGGGCCUGCGGGAACUCUCCGGCCCUCCAUGACAACCACGGGCUCCCAAACUCUUGUUUCUUUCAGCUACACAUGCGUGGCGAACAUUUACUUUCUGAGGGCCCUGACUGUGGCACAGUGAGCGGUGGGGCCAGUGCUUCCCACAUGCUGCAGGUGGAAUUUAGCCUGCCGUCCUCUUCAUCAUCCUCAACCGCUGUCCUCCCGUCACACUUCCAGGCAUUCGGCAGUUUGCUUCACCCCUCACCCGUCCAGCAUCCUCGCUCUCUCACACAGUGAAGGGGACAUGGAGAUAUCUAAGUGGUACUCUGUGUAAUUUGCCCUGUGUGUUUUUGGUUGGUAGUGAUCUUUUACAGCAGGGUGAAAAAGAAAUGAGAGGACAAAAAGUGCGUUAAUGCAACUUGCUUGAAAACAGAUGGACCUAUUACCUGUGUUAGCAGGUGACUUGUGUGCCUCUUCUUAAAAGGAGGCGCUCGAAUCCUACGCCCAUUGUGGAAUGAUGACUGUGUUAAUCACUACUUUCAGGCAUUGAUUAUGUGCUGCUGUCCAUUAUUCCUGAAACUGAUUAUUGACAAUGUUGACCACUGCUGCUUUGUUUUCUUAUUUAUCAGAACAGACAAAUUUGACUGCUGCUCAGAUUUGGUUUUCCCCCCCAGAUUCUUACCGUGAAUACAGACAACAUGACUGUUUUUAUGCUCCACAUAUCAGUCAGCAUUUUCACUGCUGCAGCCAUUUCAGAUCUGCUAUUGGACUGUACCUCACCUGAUGUAAUACGGGGGUGGGGGGGUCUGACUACAGAGUAAAAUCUGUCCACUUAUACAACAUAGAAUAGUUUAUUUAAACAUUAACUUAAAAUGUUUUCUCCUUUCUUGGCCCUACAUAUCUGCUUUGUCUUUAUUCUACACAAAAGUUCAUCUUUCUUAAGAUUUAAAAAAAUAUGAACACCUUAAAGGAAAAAAAGUUCUACGGUUGAUUUGAAUAUGCAGCAAUGUAGGAGCCUAAUGGGGCGCAAUAACUUCCUGUUUUAUUGUAUUUUAUUUCUUUUUUAAAUUUCCUUUCUUUUUGCUUCUGUGGAAAUUUUCCUCUUUUUUCCCACCACUGAAAAUGUAUAUAGAUUUAUAAAGGUGCAGGGUUUUGUCAUCAGUCAUGAACACCAUUUCUCGUAUGAUGAAUAACUGCUACCAUGACGAGCCUGUUUCAUAUAAUGGGCUUAAAAAUGAAAGACUGAAAUAUAAAACUUUACAUGCUAAGCUGCCAUAUACAGAAGUGAGAAUACCCGUGUGCAAUAUCGCUGAAAUAUAAAACGGUUCACGAGUGAAAUAUUUCCACCACAUAAAGAUAAAACAAAAACAUAAAAUAUACAUAAGCACAAAAACAAACAAACGCAGUUGUGGUCAGAAGCUUACACACGAGUCAUCAUGUGCAUGAAUGUCAUUGAAAUCUGGGGCUUUUAAUUAUUUCUUUGAACUGUUCAGUUUCUGGGGAGUCAUCUU